UGGCACUUGGUUUCAUCCUUAAUUAUAAAAGGAGAUUUUGGAGAUAAGCAUCCAUAUGCUCUGUUCACGUUGGAUACAAAUAUGUCGCUGCGGAGGAUACGGAGCCCCUUCAGGAUUUAUAUAGUCCUUGUUCUUUUGGAUUGUUGCUGGGAAGCGGUGUCUGGGCAGCUCUCUUACUCUGUGUCAGAGGAGGUAAACCCGGGGACUUCUGUGGGAAAUCUCGCUAAAGAUCUAAAUCUUAAUGUACACGAAUUGGAGGCACGUAUGUUUCAGAUUGUAAGCGGAUCAAAGAGAAAAUAUUUUGACGUACAUUUAAAAACGGGCGUUCUUUAUAUCAAGGAAAGAAUCGACCGUGAGGAACUUUGUGCGAAGGCUACAACAUGUACUGUCGAUGUAGAGGCCGUGAUAAACAAUCCACUGAAGCUUUACCGAUUCGAGGUAAAUAUAGUUGAUAUAAAUGACAAUGCACCCUAUUUCCCUGAGAAUGUGCAGUCUCUUAACAUUGCUGAAAGCACUGUGCCAGGAGGGAAAUUUGGAUUUAUAGGGGCGUUAGAUCUCGAUGUUGGUAAGAAUAGUGUUAGUACUUACAGGCUCAGUACAAAUGAUUAUUUUUCUUUAGAGGUGCACAAGGGGGGAGAAAGUGUGUCUGCCGAACUUCUUCUCGAGAAAGGAUUAGACCGAGAAAAACAAAAUACUGUAAGAUUAACAGUGACUGCUGUCGACGGUGGCAAUCCACCUAAAUCAGGAACGUCACAAAUCAUCAUUAAUGUUUUAGACAUAAACGAUAAUGCCCCGGUUUUCACUAGCUCUUUAUACAAGGCACGGAUUUCUGAGAACUUAGAAAUUGGUAAGACUGUAAUAGUUCUGAAUGCAACGGACGCAGAUGAGAGAUUAAAUGCUGAAAUUGAAUAUUCAUUGAGAAGUAAAGGCCAGGAUCACAUUUUAGAUUUAUUUCAGAUUGAUUCCAAGUCAGGUGCAAUUUUAGUCAGAGGUAAGAUCGACUUUGAACUAAAUCCUGCCUUUGAGAUUCACGCACAGGCCAGUGACAAAGGGCAGCCUCCGAUGUCUGCUCAUUGCAAAGUGCUGGUAGAAGUGGUGGACCUAAAUGAUAACGCUCCUGAGAUCACUGUGACGUCACUACUAAACACUGUGAAGGAGGACGCAGGGGUAGGAACUGCUAUAGCACUUGUUUCUGUGCUGGACAAAGAUGGUGGGAAAAACGUUGAAGUAAAGGCAGUAAUUGCAAAUGAUGUCCCCUUUAAAUUAGACACAAAUUACAAAAACUAUUAUUCGUUGGUAGUUAAUGGUCCGCUUGACAGAGAGACUAUAUCGGAUUACAAUGUCGUUAUUGUAGCGACUGAUGGAGGGACUCCGCCUCUCUCCAGAACCAACAUAGUGACAGUGCAUGUGUCUGAUGUUAAUGAUAACCCGCCUCACUUCUCAGAGCCGUUCAUUAAUAUUUAUGUGAAAGAAAACAGUCCAUUAGGAGCAGUAAUUAAAACAGUGACUGCAGUUGAUGUCGAUAUCAGUCAAAAUGGCCAGGUGAGCUAUUCCUUUUUGCAAAGUAAAAGUGACUCAGUCCCGUUAUCUACAAUGUUGAACAUCAACUCAGAGACUGGAGAUAUAGUCAGCCUGCAGUCUUUUAACUAUGAGGAGUUAAACACGUUUCAGUUUAAAGUCCAGGCCACAGACUCUGGUGUUCCUCCUCUCAGCAGCAACGUGACUGUGAACGUUUUAAUUCUGGAUGAAAAUGACAACAAUCCAACAGUCCUCGCGCCCUAUUCUGAGCAUGGCUCCGUUAACAGUGAGAGCAUCCCCUAUUCUGCUGAGGCGGGAUACUUUGUGGCAAAGAUCAGGGCUGUAGACGCAGACUCUGGAUACAAUGCGCUGCUUUCGUAUCACCUCUCUGAGCCCAAAGGAAACAACCUCUUCCGGAUCGGAACCAGUAGCGGAGAAGUCAGGACUAAGAGGAGAAUGAGUGACAAUGACCUGAAAACUCACCCCUUGGUGGUGUUGGUUUCUGAUAACGGAGAACCCUCCCUGUCAGCUACUGUGUCUAUUGAUGUGGUGGUGGUUGAAAGCACAGCUGACAUCCAGACUCAGUUCAGACAUGUGCCCAUACAGGAGGAGAGCUUCUCUGAUUUGAACCUGUAUCUGCUGAUCGCCAUUGUGUCGGUGUCAGUGAUCUUUCUGCUGAGCCUCAUCAGUUUAAUAGCUGUCAAAUGCCACAGGACAGACGGCCGUUUCAGCAGGUACAGCGCCCCAAUGAUCACCACCCACCCUGACGGGAGCUGGUCUUACUCUAAAUCUACUCAGCAGUACGACGUGUGUUUCAGCUCAGACACAAUGAAGAGUGACGUAGUGGUUUUCCCCGGACCAUUUCCGCCUGUAGAUGGUGAACUGAUCAGUAUUAACGGAGGAGACACUUUUAACAGAACUCAGACUUUACCCAACAAUGACAAG